AUGAAGUCCUUAUUUGCUGUGCAGGUGUGCGUCGGCCUGGUUGCCAUAGCAACACAGCAGACAACAAUUCAUCAAUCAUUGGCUAAUUUAAAUGCUCCUUUUCAUCCCUUAUCUUUACUAUGCAUUUUCAUCUUUUUUUUUUGUUUGUUCCUUCUUCUUUUUCUCUCAUUUGCGUGUCUCUUUUGUCUGUCUCCCCCCCGCCGAAUCUAUCUCAUUCUAAUUUUUUUCCUGAAAAACGUCUCCUUUCUUUCCUUUGUCUCUUCGCCUCCGCAUAUUCAUAUUUUUAUAUCUACUUUUAUUUCUUUCGUUCCUUACACUCGUUCGUUUCCCAUUCUUGUCUUCAUCCUCUUCCUUUUCAUUCUUUCAUGUAUAGAGUUCCCCCCCCCUAGAGUGCGUUGUUUUUCUCACGGUUUUACACCUCUAUUCUUUUCUUUCCGUCAUUCGGACUUUUUCUUUGUUUUAAAAUUCCGUCAUGGAUUUCACCAUCAGAACAUUUCUUUCUUCAUCACCGAUUUCUUUUUCUUUCUCUCUCUUACUUUCUCUCUCCCUAGCUUUCUCUCUAUAUAUUAA